CACCGGGGUUCCAAGGCCCAAAGGCCAUUACUUCCCCUUGAGCACCCAAACCUCCCCACCCUUCCCACUCCCCCAACUUCCCUUCUUCUACCUCCCUCCCUCCCUCCCUACCCCACUCUGCUUUCCCACAAAGAAGGAACCCCAAAAGCACUUAAAAAACAGCCAAAAAAACCAGAGGGAAAAAUGUCCAACAAGUCACCAAUCUUUCCUAUGCCACAACCCCAACACUUCAGCGACUACGGCUUCGACCCCCAAGUCGACUACUUUCAGGUUUUGGAGGAAGCAAGGAGGCACAAGCGGGAGAAGACGAGAUCCAUAGACUCCAAACACUUCAAGCUCCAAAAGCGCAUCUCAAAAGACGACUCCAGAAAGCCCCACCACAACAAAACCAAUAAGAAGCGCUGGUGGAAAAGCGCUAUGCUUUUCUUCAAAUGGAACAAGCUGACACCUCACCACCACCACCACCAUGUCUCCGCCAUCCGCGGCGGCGAUGAAGAUGUUCACCACGCCAGGGCCAAAGCCUUCCGGGGAUCGAUUUGUGGGCCGGUUUAUAUCACUGAGAGCAGAAGCGGGUCGUGCACUCCUUGCCUGAGUACUAGCCGGCCGUCGUCUCGGGCGCUCGCCGGGACUAUGUCUCCGGCGAGUAAGGAUGAGAUGGGCAUUCCUUACCUGAACCUGAGGGAGCUUAACAUGGAGCAGCAGCAACAUAGGAACUCUACCUCUGCCGUGCCUAUAUAUUUGGUUACUUAAUUAGUAUUUCAGUUUUUUACAUUCAAUUAAGGGAUUUUUGAACAUUAGUCCUUGUAAAAGAUUAAAAGUUAAAAAAAAAAAAAUUCUGGUACUAAAUUACAUAUUCAAUUUAAUCUUUUAAAGUGUA